AUGAACAACCUCUACGGGAGCUUCCUCAAGGCCCUCUACACCAUGACGUUUGAAGUUACCCAUUCCGGGAGCUGGCCUACGGUGGUGCGUCCAGUGCUGGAGAAAGUCGAUCCCUGGCCACGUGGCGGAAGUUUGAGAGAGUUUCUGGGUGUCGUGCUUGAGCGGGUUGGGCCGGCUUGGUGUUCUUUUCGUAGGACUAGUUUAAAUCUUGACUUCCAGGCAAAGGGUGCGCCUGGUGCUUUGGAUAGAGCUCCACUUUUUGAAGGUGGUCCCGGGGAAUGA